AUGUUGGCCAGAGAUGUCCUUUUAACAGUUGGCAAUCAUGACAUUGUUCUUCAGCUGCUUGAUGUCUACGACAAGAUACAAGCAGUUCGAACAUUGAUUCGUCGAUUGGGUGGACGAUCGCUACUAGACGGAAAUUACGAAAACUAUUUCGAGUAUACAAACGAGGAGACCAGCAUGGAUCAGUUUAUGGUCGACCACAAGAGUUACCAAAGGGUCGUCAAAAGCAUCGGAUCAAGGCUGACGAGACUCGUAGGCCUCGAGGCAAGCAUCAGGGACGCAAUGGAGACGGACGAAGCGCAGACAGAAAUUGAGCGACUUUUCACUGUCCGGGAGAAUCUGACCGGCUUGGCAGAUCGGAUUGAAAGAAAGCGGGAAGAAUUAAUAAAUAUGACGGAGCGACAUAUGAUAAAUGAAGAUUUUUUGAUGGCUCGUGCAACAGUGAAAGCAAUUAAAAGGAAAGACAUUGCGAUAUGGACAAUCCGUGCUUAUGACACGAUGGAUGGUACCUCAAGAAUGCUGAAACGAGUGAUGGAACAAACAGUGAAUGCCAACAAUGCGCGCGAACUAAGCCGAUUGCGACGAGAAACAGAACGCGAUCACCAAGACAUAGUGAAGAUCCAAAAUGACUUCAAGAUUACUGGAAGAGCGUUCAGCUCCUACCUAGCAGGCAUGGGACACCGUGGGAUGGAGAUGUGGGAACGAGUAAGAAGAGCGCGACGUGACAGAUAUGGCCCGAUUGCGCGAAUUUUGGAAGUUCACCGACAACUUGUCGCCCUCACUAGGCGAGUGAAAUGGCGAAAAAGAUACGUCAAGCACUUCCUUACCACCGAAUUAGAAUAA